ACAGUGAGAUGGAGUUCGAGUUAACAACCGAGGGAUGUGCUGGGGGCAGUUCACAAGCGUCACCUUAUCUAGUGUCAACAUUGCACGCCCACCAUGUUCCACUGAAAAACACAAGCAAAAACAGCAAUAGCGACGCAACAAACCCCUUUCUCCAUUCCCCACACACAAACAGUCUUCAGCCCCGGAACACGCCAUCUCUCGGCUCCCAACCUACAGUGCCUGGUCUGGACGUGCAGACAUCGGGUUUCUAAUUUCCAGACUAACUGAGCAUUGAACCUCGCCAACUUUAGACUUCGACCUUCGGGCUUCAACCUUCGAUAUCAACCCCAGGACUCGCCGAUUACGGCCUGGCCUUGGACUCUGGAUUUGCACGGGUUUCCAACCCCAGAACUUGCCAGCCUGAGGUAUCAUGCCCGACACAAUUCUCAGACUUGCAGUCCCUGGGCCUCCGACUUCUGGACAUGUUUCCAUAGACACCACAAAGUGUAUGUUCCUCUGCAGACCGAGCAUUUGUAGCAAAUUGCACUAGGAUCUGGUUCUUCAGAAACAUCUCUCAAUUUAUGGGAGCCUCUGUAGAAUGUAGAAUUUUGGAAGACAAUCCCUAUCACUUACUGUUGUUUCAACUAUCGUCUUUAAAACCUUCUGGGAAUGAAUUGGCUUCCAGUCCUUUAAGGGUUUCAUAGCUGGCUUUCCUUUCCUAGUACUCCACAAAGCAUACGGCCUCAAGCUGAAAUCAUGUCCUACAUUGGGCACUGUAUCUCCAGAAAUGAAACCAAUGAGAGAUGUGACUGAAUGCCUUACAAAAGUCCAUGUAGACAAAAUCAUCUUUCCCUUGAUAUGAGAUUCAAUGUCCUGUAAUUUCCAGGAUUAUCCUUAUUUCCCUUCUUCCUCACAGAUAAUCUUCAUUGUACUGGAGAACCACACACACAAGUGCUUCUGUGGAUAAGUAAGCCAAGUAUAGCUCUCUUUGGUUAAUAGACAACUGUACCAUGCCCCCGUAGUGCCGGAGUAAUGGCAGAAGGAAGGAUUUGUGCCCUCAGUUUUCUCUCGGUAUGCCUGUUGACCCUCCUUUGGAACAAGUGCAGUGGCCUUGCCGAUCAUGAUGCAGAAUGUCCUGUGCUUGGCGAGCAUAACCACAUCGAGCAGCCAGAUCCAACGUCUGUGGCUAUGGACAGGCACAAGGCAAAGUUUGAGCAGAAGUAUUACCUGCACAAGCUGUUCAGUCAAUAUGGUGAAAAUGGUACACUCACGAUGGAGGGACUGGAGAAGUUACUGUGCAACAUCGGGGUCGGAGGGAUUAGGACGAUGGUAACCAACCACGAGCACGUAGACCACGUCGCCAAGAAACGCACAGUGUUAGCGGAAGGAACCAUCCGUCACCGCUGUUGUCCCAGCUGCCGACAGAUCCAGUUGAAAAUCGGCUUGCAGACCACUCCCAAAGAGGUUGGGCAUUUCCCAAAGUUGGUCUUGUCUAGCGAUAAAUCUGGAGAAGAGCAGCACGUGAGGCCGGCUCGCAGCCCUCCCAGUAUAGUGUCCCUGCCAACUGAACCAUCGGCACCCCUUGAGCUGGGUGCCCAGCUUGCCACAACAGUUCGGUACCCCAGCAAUGCAGGGAGACAACUGCCGCCUGCAUAUUCCACACACGAGGUUGCCAAAGAGGCCCAGAAGAGAAAUCAUCUGCCUGAAGAGCAUGUAGAUAAAGAUUUGAAGAAAGAAGAGUGCCUGAAUGCAGACCAUUUAUUCUUGUCUCAUGGAAUGCCCUCACAUGCGACUCUGAGUGCUGAGCAGUUCAGCUACCUUUGCCCUGCCCUCCUGGAUCAAAUCGAAAGCAGGGCAUGUAUCGGACGUGAACCUGGAAAGAUGUAUUCCACCUAUUCCAUUGGGGCAGCUUGGAUUGGAGGAUUUGUGUCUGUCACAGUCAUCAGUCUGCUGUCACUUUUGGGUAUCAUCUUCAUGCCUUUAAUGAAUAAGACUUUCUUCAAGUUUCUCUUGACGUUCCUGGUUGCUUUGGCUGUUGGGACACUGAGUGGGGAUGCGUUUUUACAUCUCUUGCCACACUCUCAAGGUGUCCAUCAGCACAGUGCCGAACAGCAUGAACACCCUGAAGAAGACCACGAUCAUUUGAAUUAUGUGUGGAAGGGGCUCACAGCUCUUGGUGGCCUUUACUUUAUGUUUCUCAUCGAACAUUUGAUAACUUUAAUUAAAUUGUACAAAGGGAAAAGGAAGCAAAAGAAAUCUAACCAGGAUGAACAGGACAUGGAUGUUGAUAGAAAUGUGGAUCCCCAGGAAUCACAACAGUUAUCAAAGGAAGAGCCUCCAUCUCUAAAACAGUUUGCAGAAUACAUGCAGUCUACCGAUCUGGAUGACUCUCAGGCUGAAUCCAAGGAUCAGUCAAACCUCCCCUCUCUGGAUUACAGUCAAAACUCACUGACUCCAGAACAAGAAGUUAUGAUUACCCAUGCUCUUCCAGAAGGAAAUUACAGCACAUAUGUGCCUCGAGGCUGUGAGAACAAGUGCCACUCUCACUUCCACGACACUAUAGGAAACGCUGAUGACUCCCAUCAUCACCAUCACCACUACCACCACAUUCUGCAUCACCACCACCACCAGAACCACCACCCCCACAGUCACGGCCACUACUAUUUGCAGGAGAACCUGAAGGAUGCAGGAAUCGCAACUCUGGCGUGGAUGGUGAUAAUGGGUGAUGGGCUUCAUAACUUCAGUGAUGGUUUGGCCAUUGGAGCGGCUUUUACUGGAGGCUUAUCCAGCGGACUGAGUACGUCGGUUGCAGUUUUUUGUCAUGAGCUGCCGCACGAACUAGGAAAUUUUGCUGUGCUGCUGAAGGCUGGAAUGACCAUCAAGCAAGCUAUUCUGUAUAAUGUCCUGUCUGCUUUGUUGGGAUACCUGGGCAUGAUAACAGGCACAGCCAUUGGACAUUACGCUGAGAAUGUCUCCACGUGGAUUUUUGCGAUUACUGCUGGUUUGUUCUUGUACGUGGCUCUGGUCGAUAUGGUUCCUGAAAUGCUUCAUAGUGACGCUGGUGACCAUGACUACAGUCACGGAACGUACUUUCUGCUGCAGAAUGCAGGAAUACUCCUGGGAUUUGGCAUCAUGCUCCUUAUUGCUGUAUUUGAGCAUAAAAUCUUGUCUAUUGUAAGACUGUAACAGUUGUUUCUUAACCGGUAUUCAUAAUUACUGGUUUGAAACUUAUUUAUUGGUCACGUAUGUUAUUGUGUGAUUAGUAAUAUGAUGAUGGUGAACAAUAAACUCUGCCCCAAUCUAUCCCCCAGUCUGCACCACUCUCUUCUCCAGGCCUAAGCCACCCAGCUCAUGACUUGUCCUCCAGUUCUACUUGCAUCACUACAUGUUCUUGUGUUAACAUGGAGGCCAAGCUGAGAACAGAAUCUUGGAGGAAGUAGGCAUCCUAACUUGGAGCUCUGAAAGGGGUGGGGCUAUCUUCUGCCAACCCACUGAAGUCAGUGGAGUCAGACUUCAACUUUUCACCACGACCAAAAGAUAGUUUCUCCCCGCUACUCACAGUCACAGUCGGCUGAGAGACUCUCCACAUUCUGCAUUUCUAACAGCCUUUUGCCCUCGCUUGAAAGCUCUUAACCCAAACUUUCUGUCCUUUCCCCUCCAUAGAUGCUGCCAACUCACUGAGUUGCUCCAGCAUUUUGUGUUGUUUCAGCCUUUCAUCCCUUAUGUAGGGAUUAAUCUUUGGCUGGAUCACUUUGCCUUAUGCAAUCCACGUUUUAAAUUUAAGGCAACCAAUUAGAUAUGAAUUCCUGAAUGUAUGAGAUACAAACCAGAUUUAGUUAAUAGCUAUGUUAAAUGAUCAUUUGACUGGACAAAGGUUUUGAGACAGACAGGAAGGAAGCUGAAUGUCUAAUAAGUAGAAAAGGGAGAUAAAGCUGAGCAGUGAAAAUGUUACAGAAACAGUUUUAUUUUCAAUGCAGCCCCACAGGCCUUCAACUUGUCAUUUCAACUAGUUUUUGUCAGCUACUAAGGUGACAGAAUAUUUAUUUAUUUAUUUGAUUAUAACAGUCUGGAUAACACUCACACAUUCCACAAGCUGCCUUUAUCCAAAAGAGAAAUAGUUGACCAAAGCCUGCAGGAUUUGUGUUGAAGUUAUUGUUACAAGAUGCAUUGCAUGUACAAAUGUUACACGGUGGAUAUCCAAUAUAUAUUGAUGCUUUUUCAGCUGUUGUUUAAAACAAUUGCAUUGCAGUCUCUGAGUGGGGUUGUUUAGUAUGUGUGUAUUUAGUAAUAAGGUUGUAGAUUGUUUUAUUCAAUUGAUGCUGUUACUCUAGAUUGAUAAUGUCCCAGAUUGUAGAUUUAAGUUCUUUAGCGUAUUCUCAGUGUUUUGAACUGUUACAAAAGAGACUGGCCCUGCAGUACCUUUCACCGACUGGGGGCAUCCCAAAGCACUUUACAACCAAUGAAGUACUUUUGAAAUAACACAGAGAGAUUACACAAUUAGUAAUCUGACUGUGACCAGUCCAUGAAUGCUGUUAUUUUUACAAGGCAUUCAUAGAUGGAAGUGUGGCACUGUAGCCAUUGUGCUGCUGCUGUUAUAACUGGAUCCUAUGGCCUUAAAAACGGCAUUGUUUAAAAUAAUGUUCUGAAAAACAAAGUCCACAUGUUAAUUAUUGCAAAUAUUUCUUUGUCAUAUUUAUAAUCUGUAUGCAAUGAGAUUUACAGUAGUGUGAUAUUCCAUUUUUGUGUAUGUUACAGGCAGCUGUCACUGAGAAAAUGUAACUAAACUAUGAUAAAUUUU